AUGGGAUUCUUCAAGUCGGUAUUUUGUUUCAUUGUGAUCUUUUUCCUGUUUCUGUCUUCCACCUCUGCCACUGUCGUGUCGCAUGAUGGGAGAGCCAUUACGAUUGAUGGGCAGCAUCGGGUGUUACUGUCGGGUUCGAUACACUAUCCGCGAAGCACAGUCGAAAUGUGGCCCGAUUUGAUUAAGAAAGCGAAGGAAGGGGGACUAGAUGCGAUUGAGACAUACGUGUUUUGGAACGUCCAUGAACCACAACGUCGUUAUUAUGAUUUCACCGGAAAUCUCGAUCUCAUCAGAUUUCUUAAGACCAUCCAGGAUGAAGGGCUCUAUGCAGUACUUCGAAUCGGUCCAUACGUAUGUGCUGAGUGGAAUUACGGAGGAUUUCCCAUGUGGUUGCACAAUAUGCCCGGGGUAGAGCUUCGAACUGCCAAUGAUGUUUUCAUGAAUGAAAUGAAAAAUUUCACAACACUGAUAGUGGACAUGGUGAAAAAGGAGAAGCUUUUUGCAUCUCAAGGAGGUCCCAUUAUUCUUGCUCAGAUUGAGAAUGAAUAUGGCAACGUGAUGUCUUCCUAUGGCGAUGCUGGGAAAGCUUAUGUUGAUUGGUGCGCCAAUAUGGCCGAGUCCCAAAACAUCGGGGUUCCAUGGAUCAUGUGCCAACAAAGUGAUGCUCCCCAGCCCAUGAUCAACACAUGCAACGGAUGGUAUUGCGAUCAGUUCACUCCAAAUAAUCCCAACAGCCCAAAGAUGUGGACUGAGAAUUGGACUGGCUGGUUUAAGAGUUGGGGCGGCAAAGACCCGCAUAGAACUGCUGAAGAUGUUGCAUUUGCGGUAGCGCGAUUCUUCCAAACAGGAGGCACAUUUCAAAAUUAUUACAUGUAUCACGGCGGGACUAAUUUUGGAAGAACUGCCGGUGGUCCAUACAUGACCACCUCUUAUGAUUAUGAUGCUCCCCUCGAUGAAUAUGGAAAUUUGAAUCAGCCGAAAUGGGGUCAUCUCAAGGAACUUCAUGCAGUUCUCCAUUCGAUUGAGAAGCCAUUAACUGAAGGCAACAUCACCAAUAUUGAUCUGGGCAACUCUGUUUAUGCCACCAUUUACGCAACGCCUGAGAAAUCGAGCUGCUUCUUGGGGAACACAAACCAAACCUCUGAUGCUACAGUCGUCUUUCAAGGCAACAGUUUCUCUGUACCCGCAUGGUCCGUUAGCAUUCUUCCUGAUUGCAAGACGGAAGAGUAUAAUACAGCUAAGGUUAACACCCAAACCUCAGUAAUGGUGAAGAAACCAAAUCAGGCCGAGGACCAACCAGCCGCGUUGAACUGGAAAUGGAGGCCCGAGUCAAUUGAUGACACUGCUCUACACGGAAAGGGGCAUGCUUCGACUCAUCAAAUUAUUGAUCAGAAAACGGCUGCCAAUGAUGCAAGUGAUUAUUUAUGGUACAUGACAAGUGUGGACCUCAAGGGCAAUGAUCCAAUAUGGAGUGAUAACAUGACUAUUCGAGUCAAUGGGAGCGGGCAUAUUCUGCAUGCAUACGUCAACGGAAAACUUGUUGGUUCACAAUGGGCCAAAUACGGAGUCUUCAACUAUGUUUUCGAGAAGAAUGUUAAAUUCAACCGCGGGAAGAAUCUCAUCACACUACUCAGUGCCACCGUUGGUUUUCAGAACUAUGGGCCGAUGUUUGAUUUGAUCCAAAGUGGGGUAAUUGGUCCCGUGGAGAUUAUUGGGAGGAAGGGUGAUGAGACAGUAAUUAAGGAUCUAUCUACAAGAAAGUGGAAUUACAGGGUUGGGCUCCAUGGCUAUGACCACAAACUUUUCAAGGUCGAUUCUCCCCUUGCUUCCAGAUGGCAGUCCGAAGAUCUCCCCCUCAAUAGGAUGAUGACUUGGUACAAGACCACAUUCAAGGCUCCAUUGGGGACUGAUCCCGUGGUGGUGGAUUUGCAAGGGCUAGGAAAGGGCGAGGCUUGGGUGAACGGGCAUAGCAUUGGCCGCUAUUGGCCAAGCUUCCUUGCCGAGGAAGGAUGCAGCACGGAUGCCUGUGAUUAUCGCGGCUCUUAUGAUAAUAACAAGUGUGUCUCGAACUGUGGCCACCCGACUCAAAGAUGGUACCAUGUUCCUCGGUCCUUCCUGCAGGAUGAUCUGAACACAUUGGUACUAUUCGAGGAGUUUGGAGGCAAUCCAUCGCUCGUGAACUUCCAGACAACUGUUGUGGGGUCUGCAUGUGGGAACGCGUAUGAGAAGAAGACUCUUGAGUUGUCAUGCCACGGAAACCCGAUUUCUGCAAUUAAGUUUGCGAGCUUUGGAGCCCCAGAGGGCUCUUGUGGGUCAUUCCAAAAGGGCGCCUGUGAAGGGUCCAAUGAUGCCGUACCUAUCCUCGAGAAGGCUUGUGUCGGGAAAGAGAGCUGCUCGAUAAAUGCGUCCGAGGACAUCUUUGGCUCGACGAAUUGCGAUGCCAACGUCACAAGGAGAUUGGCUGUUGAGGCUGUUUGCUAGUUUUUCUUCAAAAGAAUAAAUUAGAAUCCAUUUACUUAAUGGAUAGGAUUAGACGUUAGGUUAGGUGUAGGUUGGUCGGAUUAAAACCUUGUGAUCUUUUUUUUUUUUUUUCCUCGUUCUCCUAGAGAUUUCUGUGAAUAAAGGAUGCUUGGUCACAAGUGCGUUGGAUUAUAAA